GACGGCUUCUUGCCUCCCGGAUCGGACGCUGAGGACGAGAGGUAUUGCAGCGCUAGCUCCGCGCUCGGGACGCCUAGCUCCAUCGCCACCCUCCGCCCCUCCUCCGACUUCUGGGACCACCAGAUGGACCUUCUCAUGGACAACCUCAUCACUAGCUUUCCUAGGAGCCACCAGUCGAGUCGCCUCCACCAACCGCAGGCACCACGACCAGAUCCUCCCACCGUGGCUCUCCUGCGGCCGGUGUUGGGUUUUGAUACACCGGCUGUUCUACCACGCACUCAUCCUAUUGAGGUAAUUAAUAGAGGCAAAUUUCAGAAUAACACAGGCAAGCGAUCCAGCAGAUCGGCCUCCCCCAGCAGCUCGUCGCCUCUACCAGGCCAUCCCCCCUCCCCUUCAGGUCUCCAGCAGAUCGCCGGCGUCGCCCCCAGGUCGUUUCCCUAGGUCGCCCAAGCUCGGCCCAGGCUGUCCUCGUUUCAGGUCGCCGGCACCGCCAAUCGCCUCGCUUCAGGUCGCCCAAGCCAGCCGGCGCCGCCUCCCAGAUCGAGGUCACCGGCAGCUAAUCGCCUCGCUUCAGGUCGCCCAAAGCGCGCUGCCAUGGUGGGCGCUCCGAGAGGACGACGACGGCGUCUUCAGGUGGACAACAUUGAUGAAAGUGACUUAUUUGAUGAUAUGGUUCAAGAGAUGGAACAGAUUUUACUCAAUUCAGGGGAGCCCCGUGAAAGUGGACCUUCUACUGAUAACCGCGUGAAUAAUGCUCACCAAAAUCAGCAUUUCAGAGAUGGCAGCACCACUGCCUCUACCUCUGGUACAGAUGAUGCAUAUGUAUAUCCCCUUUCUCGCAAUCUUUCGAAAAUUGAUUCGGUGGAGGUUGUGGGGGCAAAGCAAAGAACAGGGGAUGUUUCUUUCGGCGAGCGGAUGGUUGGGGUCAAAGAGUACACUGUAUACUUGUUGAAAGUGAGGAGUGGCGAAGAUGACUGGGAAAUUGAGCGUCGAUACCGUGAAUUUUAUGCACUUUAUCAACAACUCAAGCUCUUCUUUUCUGAGAAAGGAUUGAGUCUUCCACCCCCAUGGAUAAAUGUUGAGAAGGAGUCCAGUAAAAUGUUUGGGAAUGCAUCCGCAGAUGUUGUCAAUGGAAGAAGUGGUCUUAUUCAAGACUGCUUAUGCUCUUUGCUCGUCUCUAAUUAUCCCUUUGGAACACCCUCCCCUCUGGUUAAUUUUUUGUCACCGGGGACACCUGCUUAUGAACAAAGCUUUUUAAAGAUGCUUUUUCCACGAUCUUUGAAAAGGCUGAGCAGCGAUUUACAUACCAAAGAUUCAGACUGUAAUGGAGCUCUGCACAAGGAUUCUACCUCGAUGGGCAAGACAAUAUCACUUGUUGUGGAGGAUAGGCCUCAGAAGUCGACUAGACAGUUGUUGGAGUUUCAACACUACAAUUGUGCGGGAUGUCAUAGGCAUUUGGAUGCUGGACGAACAUUGCUGCAAGAACUUGUACAAACUAUUGGAUGGAACAAGCCUCGGUUUUGUGCUUACACUGGACAGUUAUUUUGUGCCUCUUGUCACACAAAUGAUACUGCGGUUCUGCCAGCAAGAGUUUUACACCACUGGGAUUUUUCUUUAUAUCCAGUUUCCCAGCUAGCAAAAGCAUUUUUGGACUCCAUCUAUGACCAGCCUAUGCUCUGUGUAAGUGCUGUCAACCCUUUCCUUUUUGCUAAAGUGCCUGCUCUGCUUAACAUCAUGAGUAUCCGGAAGAAAAUAGCUGCCAUGCUUCCUUGUCUCCAAUGUCCUUUUCGGAACUCCAUAUUUAGAGGAUUAGGUGUUCGAAGAUACCUUCUUGAUGGGAAUGACUUUUUUGCGCUUCGUGACCUUGUUGAUCUCUCGAAGGGAGCUUUUGCAGCACUUCCAGUUAAGGUGCAGACCGUAUCAAAUAGGAUACUUGAACAUAUCACGGAGCAAUGCCUUGUGUGCUAUGAUGCUGGCAUUCCUUGUGCUGCUCGACAAGCUUGUGAUGACCCCCUGGCCCUUAUUUUUUCAUUUCAGGAAGAUGAAGCUACAAGAUGUGGUUCUUGUGGGUCAAUUUUCCACAAACAAUGCUUAAGGAAAAUUAGUGUCUGCCCCUGUGGUAAGAGUGCCAGCACAGGCAUGAAAAUCGUGGCACUAGAACAAGCUAUAGAAUACGGCUCAAACAGGCUGUCAACUGAGUUCAUCCCACCCCCUUCUUUUUCUUCAUCGUCAAGAUUUUUCGCCGGUAUUCUUUCGAAAGCAAGGCCAGAUAAGAUUUGGAAACCGAGAGACAGCAAUCCUGUGAUUUUGAUGGGUUCAUUGCCGGAUACGUCUAUGUGAGUUCAGCUUAGCUGCAUGUGUGGGGUUUAUCAUAACAAUUUUUUACUUGCGUGAAUGCUGUAUAUUUUGCUGCGACAGUAUAGCAAAGAGAAGGGAUUCUCACUGCUGUUUC